AUGUCUGGAAAAUCCGACGGCGGACGGCGUCGCUCUGCGAGUUUCCGAAGCGAAAUGCAUACACCGAAAAACAAUGGUGGAAAAUCCUUCAUGCGCGGCCGAGCCCCCACCAUGCCCUCGCUGAAGCGACCCAGCACUCCCGUCGCAGCGCCGUCUGUGCCGCCCGCCACGCCCGCCACGCCUAGCACUCUGCGCGUCGCGGUAGCUGCUGCCGCGGCCACCCCACCAAUGGUCCGUGCAACCCUGGCAAGCUCUGCUGGAUCUCCGCGAGACCCUCGAAAAUUUCCUGCCGCAGCCAAUUCCACCAUCACGACGCCCUCAGUCCACGCCACUUCCGUCUCGCGUCUUCCUCCCAAAUACAUCCCAGACACGAUGUCGUCACGCAAGCUAGAUGGCGUUCACUCACUGAGCGCUCUGUUGGAGAAACAAUCCCAGGAGCCGGCUCUCAGCCAAUCGAAAAGCAAAUUUGCCCGGGGCUCUCAAUCCAAGGCCAAGGUCGAGAAGAAGUUCGACCCUCGCGCUGACGAUACCGAUGAGGAGGAAGACACCAGCAGCAGCGACGAUAGUGAUGGUGAUACUCCGGCAGUUCCCAGCGCUGUGAACAAGCUCAAUGGCCAGACUUCGUCGAGCAAACCUGCUGGUACACCACUCAAGAAGGCUAAGCGCGCCAAGGAAGACGAAGUCUCCGAUAGCGAUGUCGAACGCAAGACCUCGUCCGCGAAGCCCGCUUCCACUACCAAGAAAACUCCUGUCAAGCCCGAAAGCUCAUCUGAAGAGUCCUCGGAUUCCGAAGCGGAAGCGGAAGCGUCCGACUCCAGCGAUAGCAGCAGCGAGAGCGAAAGCGAGUCCAACAAGAAACCGGCGCCGAAGGUUCCUGUGAAGGUGGCACCCACCAAUGGCGCAUCCACCACCUCUUCGAGCGGAUCAGAGAGCGAAUCGGAAGACGAGGCCGCAAAGCGCACAAGGUCCGCGGCUAAGCCUACGGUUAAUGGCACUAAGGUGGUCGAGCCCUCGACCAGCUCUAGCGAGGCCAGCUCCAGCGAGGAAGAGAGCGGUGACGAAGAAGAAGAAGACGAAGAUGAUGAUGACGGAUCUAGAAACGAGGAGGCUAGCUCCGAUGAGGAGUCCGAUGACAAUGCCGUUGCUGUUACUGCCAGACGCAAUAGCAAUGACCUCACCGUUCCUGGUUUCGUCGGCAAGGACUUCGUCCUGAGAAAGGCCCAAGGCGAUGAGGAUGGAAAGGACAUGAGCGACUUCUUCGCCAAGGCCAAGCUCGACGGCAAGCAGCUCUGGUACUUCACCGUCCCGGCAUCCAUUCCCAUCAACGUCGUCGAAAAGCUUCAAAUUCCGAUGGACAAGGCCCAGAACGGCGAUGCCAUUUUCAAGCACCACUCUGAGGACUAUACCGUUGGCUUCGACGUCGGAUCCACUGCUGUGCAGCUCCUCAUACCCAACAAGAAGGGCACUCGCUACGAACAAGCCUCCCAGAAGGUCGACAAGGUCUUGCACGUCAAGCGUGUAACCCAAUUGGUCGGCGAGCCCCGUGCCCCUAGACCCAACCAGCCGAACGCUGCACGCCCUCAGCCUCCGGGUUUGAAAGCUCGUUUCCGCCCUAUCGGUGUCUCUGAUGAUACCCCGCUGGGCUCGAUUGGUUUGGAUGCCUCACCCGACAACGACGAGGACGUCGAUAUGGCGCCGGCUCCUGCCUUGCCGUCCAGCUCCAAGAAGUCCAAGCGCGCGUCUACUCAGGGCGACGCCAUGGACAUCGACGAGCCUACCUCCAAGGCCACAAAGAAGGACAAGAAGUCCAAGACCGUCCGAGACCCCGUUCAGAACUCACAGUCAACUGACAUUGAAGUCCCCAACUCGCAGCCUCUGACCUCUAAGAAGGACAAGAAGAGCAAGAAGCGACGCGAUAGCUUCGAGUCGAUCUCGAGUGUGGGUUCCAACCCCAAGUCGGCGCUCCUGAAGGGACAGAAGGUUGCUGCCGCUACUCCCGAUCAAUCCAAGAAGGCAUCGAAGCGCAAGGUGCCUGCAGACGAGGAAGACGCUUCUGCUCAGCUGGCGAAGGAGGCUGCCUCUGCCGAGAAGAAGGCCAAGAAGCCCAAGCGCGACGCCGAUAGCUCUGCUCUGGGGGCCGGCCAGGCUUCUGCCAAGAAGGUUACGGCCAUUCCUCCACCGACUAUCCCGACGGCUAGCUACUCUUUCUCCAACAUCCCUCCCGGUUCCAGUCCUACCCCUCAGACCUCGACCCCUCUGCCGAAGUCCAAGUCGAAGAGCUCCAAGAAGUCCAAGAGUGACGAGCUGGCCAUUCGCAGCAGCUCCCAGACCGCCUCUGCUCGCAAAGAAACGCCUAUCCAGCCUACAAGUGUUCGCCGCGAGUCCGCCGUACCCCUCCCUCAGGUCCCUUUCCAGUCCUCUCCUGCAGCUGAGGAGACGCCCAAGAAGGAAAAGCACAAGCGAAGAAAGUCGGAAAAGACCGAAGAGCCCAAAUCUGCCAAGAAGGAAACGCCCAUUCCAGCGCCUAAGGUCUAG